UUUUUCUUUUUUUUUUUUCUUACGGUAGUUUUUCUUCUUUUCUUUUGUUACCCUUGUAUUUUAUUUUUAUAUAUAUAUUUUUGUAAUUUUAUACUUAUUCAACUACAUUCGUCAUGUCAAUGCAAGAAAAGAAAGAAGCUGUCUCUAGUUAUCAAGGAUCCAUAGUAGAAGAUUCAUAUAGUUCUUAUGAUGGUGAUCAAUUUGAGGACGUGGAUCGAUCUCAAGCUGGUUCCAGUUUUUGGGCAUAUUUUAACGUUGUGUGUGUCAUUGCUGGUACUGGUACUCUAGGUCUUCCUGCUGCUUUAAAACAAGGUGGAUGGUUUGGUCUGUUUAUUCUAUUUUUGGCUUGGUUCAUGUCAACAUAUACUGCCAUCAUUUUGAUCAAAUGUCUUUAUGCUUCAGGAAAUAAACGUAUGCAUACCUAUAAGGAUGUAGCUACUGCUGCUUAUGGUGUUGUAGGUGGAUGGGUUAGUUUUUUCUUCAGUGCAUGGAUUACUCUUGGUGCUCCUAUUCUUUACAUGGUGUUAUCAGGUGCCAAUUUGAAUCAACUUUGCAAAGGUACUGUAGCUGAACUAGGUGAUAUGAAAUGGACCAUCAUUUCUUGUGGUAUUGUCGCUAUUCCCUUUGUAUUGGUCAAGAAUAUGAAAGAAGUCGCUUUUAUGUCUGCUUUUGGUGCUGUCGCUACUGCUAUUGUUGUCAUCAUCGUACUUGUUGUUGCUUGUAUCGAUCAACAACAUUUUACUCCUGAACAAAAUGCUCUUCAUUAUCAUAUGCCUGUUAUUUGGAAUCAAUUCCCUAUUGCCCUCGCCACUAUCUCCUUCAGUUUCGGUGGAAAUAUUGUAUAUCCUCAUGUGGAAGCUUCCAUGAAAAAACCCAGGGAUUGGAAUAAGGUCGUUGCUUUUGGACUUGGUACUUGUGCUGCUUUGUACUUUUUAACUGCUAUUCCUGGUUAUUAUAUCUUUGGUAAUGAUGUUGCAUCUCCUGUCUACAAUAGUAUUUCUGAUGGUCCUCCCAAGAUCAUUGCUAUUGUGUUGAUGACUAUUCAUGUUAUCAUGGCCUCUCCCAUUUUAGUGACCUCUUUCUCUUUGGAUUGUGAAGAAUUGGCUGAUAUCAGUGUUGAACGCUUUGGAAAAUGGGGUGAAUUUAUCAUUCGUGCUUGUUUCCGUUUAGUGAUCAUGACUUUUGUUGGUGUCAUUGCCUGUGUGGUUCCUAACUUUGGUGCUUUAAUGUCUUUGAUCGGUGCUUUCUCAAAUUGUCUUUUGAUCUUUGUUUUCCCUGUCUUAUUUUACUUCCGUUUGACUGGUUUCCGAAACAAACCUUUUUAUGAAUUGGCUUGGUGUUUCCUUAUUAUAUUACUUGGUGUGGUUGGAUUGAUUUUUGGUUCUUGGUCUGCUAUCGAUGAAUUGAAGGUAGCUUACACACAUUAGAAUAUAGAUUAAUUAGAUAAUGUUAGUUUUACUUGUAUGAUUAUUUAUGACUUUGCUGGUUUACAUGGUCACCAUAGCUACUUUUUUUUUUUUAUAUAUGUUUGUUUUUUUUGUAAAUAAAAGAAAAUACCCUAUUUAAUAAUAAUAUAAUAAUAAAAAUUAUCCGACUUUUUGGAUUAUCUUUUGAGUGAGAAGUAUAUGUUUGAUAAUGAUGAUGAUACAUAUGCUAUAAUG